AUGUCGCCAACUUCGCUCGAGCAUCUGCCUAUCGAGCUGCAGAGAAUCGUCUUCUCUAAGCUUGACUACCAAUCUCUGAUCCACCUGUCGACAACGAACCGCCAUUUCCAUCGCACUGUCGAUCCCCAGACUAUGGCCGACCCACUCGACAAGCUCGAAUUCGUCAUGAGAGCGGCCAAGGACUUCCCUCAGCACCGUCCGAGCGAAAAGGGCCAGGAGUACCACCCUGGAAACUUCGAGUGCUACAUCUGCUUUCGAGUCCGCUCCCCGGACUGCUUCGACGUCCUCCAACCCCAGUUCGCCUACGUUGACUGUCAUGGCCGCGUCGUCCGCGAAAAGGAGCCCACCCGCUUCGACUCCCUCGUACCCCUACGCCGCUUCUGUAUCGACUGCGGUGUCCGUACCGCCCUUCACGCACCCUCCGAUUGCCUUACCACCAAAACGGGUCGGGACCUCUGGGUCUGCCGAUGCUGGAGAAUAUGGCCCAAGCCCGGUGUCCUCCGCUGCCCCGAAUGCUCCGGCGACUGUCCCCUCCGUCCCAGAAGGAAGAUGGCCCUCGAAAAGUUCCCAUCGCCUGCACCCUUUGCUUAUCCCACGCCUCGACUGUCCCGAGUUUGA